GGAAAAAAAAUUCAAUGUUAUGACUUUUCUAGUUUUUCUUCGAAAACAUUGAUGAUUGAAUUAUAUCUGAAGAAUUAGAAUGAAUUGAUAAGGUUCACUGUAAAAGUAAAAUUUUAAAUAAAAAUGUCCCUCAGAAAAGCAUUGUAUUUAACGAGGACCGCCUAUUGUGCGGCUGCAAAGUAUCAAACAAUUAAUUGCGUGCGGCAAAAUAUGUGGCUUCUAUCAGCUGGGUCCACGAGAUUUUAUUCUGCCGACAACUUAGGUGAUAAGAGCAAAGAACAAAAGAAUCCAGAAAAAGUAGACAUUUUGGGCAGAUUCUUCCCUCAAGGCCAGACUACUACAGAUCCUCAAGAUAUAAAGAAAGAGCAAGAGAAAUUUGAACAAGAACAGAAAGAGAAAAACCAAGAAAAUGAAAAAAGCUGGCGAAGAAUGAAAAUUGGUUUUGCAGUGUUUGGUGGCGCACUCACAGUUCUGGGUGGAUGCAUGGUGGUAGAAAUGGGAGCUCCCAAGAGAGGUGAUGAUGGCAAACCAAUAGAAGAUGAGUUCUCUCAUUUACCCAUAGUUCUUCAAUAUUUCAAGCGAACUUGGAAGGAACUAACAUUUUUUGAAAAGAUGAUUAAAGAGCCUUCCCGUGAGCAGCUGCUCCCAGAUCCUCUCCCUCCUCAGUACCAGCCCACUUACACAUUGGUGCUGGAGUUCACAGAUGUGCUUGUGCAUCCUGACUGGUCUUAUCAGACUGGGUGGAGGUUCAAAAAGCGUCCAGGUGUCGACCAGUUUCUUCAAACAGUAGCCAACUCAGAUUAUGAAGUAGUUAUAUUUACAUCGGAGAAUGUUUUCAUGAUCUGGCCGGUUCUCGACAAACUGGAUCCCGAAAAUAAGUUGAUCUCAUAUAGACUGUUCAGAGAUUCUACACAUUUCAUUGAUGGGGUCCAUGUCAAGAAUUUAGAUGGGCUUAAUAGGGAUUUAUCUAAGGUAAUAGUUGUAGAUUGGAAUAAGGAAACCACUAAGUUCCAUCCAGCGAAUGCACUCAUAUUGAAGAAGUGGAAGGGAGCAGAUGACGACACCACUCUGUUAGAUCUUGCUAAUUUAUUACAAACGAUAGCGAUGUCAAAUGUGUCGGACGUGAGAGAAGUGCUGACGUACUACAGCCAGUUCGAGGACCCCAUCGCCGCGUUCCGAGACAACCAGCGCAAGUUGCUCGAGCAGAUGGAGGCCGACAAGAAGAAGGAGUCCACUGAGCCCGACCUGGCGCGCGGCUGGCUGCGAACCUUCACCAGGCGCUAGCGCUAGGUGCACUAGAUACCCGUAGCAGUAUCAGUAUAGAAACCACUGUUGAUUGUUUGGAGUAAGUCCAACACAUAAUAAAAUUCUACCGUACUUAAUGCAGCAACCUGAACAAAUUUAUGUUUUCCAACCCCAAUAUAUACUUUAAAAUAUUAUAGUAUUAUAAUUUAAUAAUAAUAUCGUAUUUACUAUUCGCGGACGAAUAUUCUCCACUAUAAUCUGUUCUAUUGUACUUUACUGUGAACUAGUCUUGAGCGGAGUAAACUAAAUACUGAUAAGAAUUAAUUACUUACCUAUAUAUUACCAGUAGGUAUACUGGGUCCAAUGUAUGUUGUUUUUAAACCUACCCAUCAACUUUGAACUCGGUAAACUGUUACGAUGAACAGUUUUGAAAAGUCAUAACAUAUUUAUGUUGAAUUGUAAUUUUAAUUGUUUAUUGUACAAAAUAGAAUGUUAAACUGCAACUUAUAUAUUAUAUAUAUAACAAGCAGGACCAAAAAUGUAUGAUGUUUGACACAAACUUUGGGUUAGGAAUACGCAAAAAACUAUCGUAUCUAAGAGAAUCGUGAACAGUAAGAAUUUUCGGUCAUUGACCUCGAGAAUUUCAGUAUUACGAACGACUUUUUGUUUCGAUGCAAGAUAUUUUCUCAUAAAAUAUGUUAUUGUAUUGCAAGUUGUAUAACUUGUUGAUCGUAUUUCUGGUUUUACGAGAUACGUCAACCGAUUUCGGCAAUAAUUGUAGUAGUAAAAGAAAUCUUGAAGUACCUACCUAAUUUACUGGAACCUACUAGUACACAGUUAAAACAAGUGGAAGUGCCCUUCCUUAGUAUGGGAACCAAGGUGGACGACCCAACGCCUACAUAUUAAAAUAAAGUUAUUUGAAAUACAUACGAAAUAAGUGCUACUGUAGCAAAAAGCUUUAGAGUUCUUUGAAAUUAGUUAAAAUCAAUAAGGACAUAUUACCAACUUACAAUCUAAUUCUAGCACUAAGCAACAAGUAGGUCAACAGCCUCUAAAAGCUGUAACCAAAUUUCUAUAUAUUUUAGCGCUUUAGCAGUAAACUAUUUGACUUUUUUUUAAACGUGUGGUGCGGUAACAAAAUUACUGUACGAUUAGCACAUUUAAAUUCCUUACAGCAUGUGUCAUUUUCGCAUACAACUAAUAUCUAAUAAUAGGUUAUAUUUUUCAUUACGAUCGACACAUCAUGUCACGGAAAGAUGCUAAUCGCGAUUCGCGACCGAGCCAAUGUUGCGGACCUCAGCAUAGUUGUGAAAUACUCGCGAUAGCUGAGGGGCACUUCCACAUGUAUCUUCUAUACCGUGUUGUGAGACCCUUGCCCGUGAUAUUGACGUACCAAUUGGGUUAUUCAUUGAAACAUGUGUGUAUUCAGUUGGAGUUGUCUAUUAUGACUCCUUAUAUUGUUAUGUACAUGACGCCCACACCCUGCCUUUGAGAAGGGUAUAAUUAAUUAUUAGAAUGAAAUAAUUUUAAUUUCAUAUUAGAAUAAUUAUUCGCGUUUGAAGCGCUAUAUAAUACAUUCUGUUUACAUAGAAGCUCGUUUAAUUGUGCAUGCAAAUUCCAACGGUUAAACUACGUUCAAAGUCAGGCGAAGCCGCUCUGCGCCAGUAACUCCGGGACAAAAUGGACUGUCUCAUACGCAAAUUUAGUCGAGAAAGAGAAGAAAAUGGUUGGAUGAGCUGAGUAAUGAUAACUAUAUAUUUUGAGAGUAAAUCCUUCGCUGUAAGUUGACACGAUCAGCGCGAGCGAAUUACUUCUGGAAUUCGACUCAGUUUUAACAUCAGUCAACAACAUCGUCAUUUGAACACUAUGAAUACAGCUUUUAAAAAUAAAUAUAUUAUAUGGAGCUACAAAAUCGUGUGUUGCUUAAGUACCUACCUUAAAGCAGAUUUGAAUUUGUUGAUGAAAUAACUUAAUGACUUUUAUUAAGCCAAUUACAUAGUCAUUUGUCGAAAAACUUUACCUCAUGGAUUUGUAAAUGAAACAAGACUUUGUCGCCAUACUUCUGAUAUUUUGUUACUGCUGAUGAUGUCCUAUUUGUAUAAAAUAUGUAUGAAUGUGUUUGUUGAACUGAGUGUCUGUGGUGUGCUCGAGUUGGCGGUUAGUGAAUAGAUUUUAAUAAGUUAA